CGCGGGAAGGGAUUUCGCGCAUUUGCACAGAGUGUACACAACAAUACGAGUCCUUUGCAGAACUCGUUAACUAAAAGAAAUAGCCCAUUGAUUUGUGAAGAAUGAUGUUUCGCUCCUUGGUUGACAGGGGAGUAAUCAAAAGAAGAAACAAUGGUCUCACCCCAGACUAUCCACUUUCACCCUUGCUGGAGGGCUACCAGUGCGCCAGGCAAGAUGAACACAUAUCCUAUGGAAAUUUAGGCGUCGUGGUGCCGCCUUUUGGGUGCAGCUUUUCAUCAGUCCGUGAACAGCAGAAUGUUAUAGCGGUGGCCAACGAGGACGGAGUCCUUAGUCUCUACAACACAGAAAGUCGACAACAUCCAAUCCUGAAAGAGUGGAUGGCACAUGACAAUGCGAUAUUUGAUGUUGCGUGGGUACCAGGAGAAGCCAGCCUGGUGACUGCGUCGGGUGACCAGUCGGCCCGUCUGUGGGACGUGAAGAGUGGGGAGCUGAUGGGCACCUUCAAGGGACACCAGUGCAGCCUGAAGUCUGUGGCCUUCUCCAAGCAGGAGAAAGCUGUGUUCUGCACCGGAGGCCGAGAUGGGAAUAUUAUGCUUUGGGACACAAGAUGCAGCAAAAAAGAUGGUUUCUACAGGCAGGUGAAACAGAUCAGCGGUGCGCACAACAGAAACAAGCAGGACCUGGCCAAGACGCCCAAGUCCAAGAAGAGAGUACAGGGCCAGCGGGUGGCCGAUAAUCAGCAGAGUGUGACUGUGGUGCUGUUUCGGGACGAACACACGCUUAUCUCCUCAGGAGCUGUGGACCGAACAAUCAAGAUGUGGGAUCUAAGGAAGAGCUACACGGCGUACCACCAUGAGCCAGUGCCCCUGCAGGUCUACCUCUACCCAGGCUCCAGCACACGCAAGCUGGGGUUCUCUGGGCUGGUGCUUGACUCCACGUGUUCCAAUUUAUUUGCCAACUGCACAGAUGACAAUAUUUACAUGUUUAAUGUCAACGGCCUCAAGUCGACACCAGUGGCAGCUUUCAGUGGCCAUCGCAACUCUUCCUUCUACGUCAAGUCCAGCGUGAGUCCAGACGACCAGUUUCUGGUUAGUGGCUCCAGCGACCACCACGCGUACAUCUGGAAGAUCUCUAACCCCACACAGCCUCCCAUGAUGCUUCAGGGCCACAACCAGGAAGUGACGUCCGUGCAGUGGUGUCCCACAGACUUCACCAAGAUUGUUUCUUGUUCAGAUGAUAACACCAUCCGCGUCUGGAGGCUGAAUCGCGGAGAAGAUGGCGAGCGCUCCACUGUGGGCCAGGCCAACCUGGUGGGCUGGGCGUGUCCCAAGGAGAAAUCAAGCAGUCCUGCGGCUCCCUCUCCAGCUGCCUUGAGCAGGUGUGAGGUGACCCCGUCCAAGAGCCAUCCCCAUCCCCGCCACGGCCCCCCCAGCACAGACAGCCUUGGCCCCAUGUCCUCCCCCCAGCCUGCAGCCUGCGCCCACAGCACUGGGGACCUGCCCCUGCCCUCCAGCACCUCCCAAACCCCCAGCCCCAGCCCCAAGCCCUUCACCCCUCCCAGAAAACCCCCAUCCUCCUCCUUCUCCACCUCCUCCUCCACAAUCCGUCAAUGGCUGUCCCGCACGCCGGGGUCACCAGCCGCCGACCCCCUGACCCCCCCUCUCCGGAAGGUUCUGAGCCCCUGCCCCCAGAGCCCGCAGCAGCAGCAGCAGCAGCAGCAUCAGUCGUCGCCACAGCAACGGCACGGCCAGCAGGUUUCCGUCCCCUCGCCACCGGAACGUAAAGCCAAGCGUCGCCUGGAGACCACGGACGGGGGCGCCUGUUGCCGGGACGCGGAGGGCGCGUGCGGAUGCGUGUCAGAGCUGAACCCCGUCACCAAGAGGGGACGGAUGCAGGUGUGCUGCGGAGAGGGAGAGAGAGGGGGGCCUGCCGGCGCCGGUACCCAGAGGAGGGAGCGCUCGGGCGGGGAGGAGUCGGCGGAUAGGCCCCUGUCCUUGGAGCUGGUGGAGGGCAGCAGGCAGAGGCUGCUGGGAGCAACACAGCAGCAGCACUCGGAGGCGGACAAGGAGAACCGCUCGUCUCCAUCGGCCAGCGGGUGGCUGGUGGCCAUGGGACGGUCGCGGGGACAGCAGAGGGGACCUCAGAGCACCCUGUCCCCAAAGUCUCCCAAGAGCCCCGGCGUCGGGAAGCGGCAAGAGAAACGGGCGCCUGCGUCUCCGAUGAUCUGCUCUCCUCAGUCAAUGAGGAAGAUCUCGUCCUACUUCCACAAGCGGACACCGGAGUGAUCCACUUCGGAGAACCCACUUCCCAGAUCUACUUCCAAAUUCAUUCCACUGCCCCAACCUUGGAGUUAACCCUUUCUGUUCUAAUUUUUGGACACUCGUGUAAAGUUUAAUGUUUUUUAUUAUUAUUGUUGUUAUAGGAAAGCACCAUGUUCUUUGUACCUCAUAUUAGAAGCCUGAAGGAUCUCUGAUUCCGUUGGUCUUCGGUGUAUGUAUUGUGUAUAUUUUAAGAGUGGACCGGACAGGGGGGGUUGGGGCUUUUGAAUAACUUUUUCACUCUAACUUUGACUUGUAUUAAUAUUGAUUGAUGGAUUGGUUUUGUGUUUAAUAAGGUGUGCUGUGUGAAGUUGGUUUUGGUUUGAGUGUGCACAUGGAAAAGAAAAAGAAAAGCCCUACUCUUCCUGCCCUGUUCUUUUGUUUUAUAUGUAUUGUGACAAGUGGAAAGAGAGCAUUUUUUGCAAUUUUGUACAAGUUCAUUUGUGUGUAUAUGUACAUAUCUCUAUGUAUAUCGACUGACAUUUUCUGGACAUGGUCUAAUUAAAUGCAAGCAUUUUGGUUUGCAAUAAGC